UUGUAGAAAAUGUCCACCAUCCUUGGGUGACCCACAACUUCUUAAGUUGUACUCAGAACCACAUCAACGGGGAAUGGGAUCAAGACCAAAGGGUUUAAAUGACCAUUCUGGUAGAUGAGAUGAAUAGAAGAAUAUCCUAUGUAGCUCUUUAAAUCAUGGAAAAACAAAAUGGACAAAUGAAUGCUCCUCAUCCAGGAACAAAUUUACCGCCUGGACAUCUCCCUGUAUAUCCUUCAGCAGCAUUCCAAGGACCUCCAGAACAUACUGGCUACCCUGGCCCCCAGGUUGGCUAUCCUGGCCCUCAGGCUGGCUACCCUGGCCCUCAGGCUGGCUACCCUGGCCCUCAGGCUGGCUAUCCUGGCCCCCAGGCUGGCUACUCAAUUCCACCAGCUGGUUAUUCAGGUGCUGGCCCAGUAGGCUUUCCUGUCCAACACCAGCCAGUGUAUAAUCCGCCAGGUGGACCUGCAGGGGUACCGUGCAUGCCAGCACCACCACCUCCAUUAGACUGUCCACCUGGAUUGGAAUAUUUAAGUCAGAUAGAUCAGAUACUGAUUCAUCAGCAAAUUGAGCUUCUGGAAGUCUUAACAGGUUUUGAAACUAAUAACAGAUAUGAAAUUAAGAACAGCUUUGGACAGAGGAUUUACUUUGCAGCAGAGGAUACGGAUUUCUGUACCCGAAAUUGCUGUGGGGCUUCUAGGCCUUUUACCAUGAGGAUUCUUGAUAAUAUGGGCCAAGAAGUUAUAACUCUGGAGAGACCACUAAAGUGUGACAGCUGUUGUUUCCCUUGCUGCCUUCAGGAGAUAGCAAUCUAUGCUCCUCCUGGUGUACCUAUAGGUUAUGUUAUUCAGAUCUGGCAUCCAUGCGUGCCAAGGUUUACAAUUCAAAAUGAGAGGAGAGAGGAUGUACUAAAAAUUAUUGCUCCAUGUCUUCUAUGCAGCUGUUGUGCAGAUGUUGAUUUUGAGAUUAAAUCUCUUGAUGAAGAAAAUGUGGUUGGAAAGAUUUCCAAGCAGUGGACUGGUUUCAUGAGAGAAGCAUUUACAGAUGCUGAUAACUUUGGCAUCCAGUUCCCUUUAGACCUUGAUGUGAAAAUGAAAGCUGUGAUGCUCGGUGCAUGUUUCCUCAUUGACUUCAUGUUUUUUGAAAGGGGUGGAGACAGAGAAUAAAAGGAGUGUGGUAGUGGAUUAAUGAAAGUCUCCUCAGAAAGUUUGAAGUCUGUGUAUUGAUUGGGACUAUGUAAAAGAAAAGCUCACUGUUUUUUUUUUCUUUAUUGAAAUGACUUAUAGCAUAUGUGAAUUAUACUGUGAUGCCUGAAGCUCCUGUUAUAUAUGACUUUUCAAAUUAUGAGUUUAUUUUCUAUAUCACUUACUUAAAAACGUUUUUAUGCAUUUCUUUUAUGUCAUACAUCUUCUUUUUCUUUAUGUAUUUUGAAGAAAGGACAUGGGAAUUUUUACAUUCAAUCAUGAAACUUCCCAUGGUAAAUUGUUUUGAACUGUAAUCUCUUUUAUUUUCAAUUUUUAGAGAAAAUUAUUUAAAGCCUUAUCAAAGUAAUUUUAAUAUAAAAAGUUACAUUUUAUUAAAUAUAGUUCCAAUUUACUUCACAUGUGUAACAACUGUUAUUUUGCAAAUACCAUAUAUUCACAUAAGUUAAAAAUCAAUAUAAUUUCAGUUUCCUUUACAAUGUCAAAAUAAUACUUAAUAUUCAUAUUACCAAGGAACAUAAAAUGUGUAUUUUUUGUUCAGCAAAUUACAGUAUAUUUAAUUUCUUUUAUAAGCUAAUCUGCUACUAUAAAAAGAUUUUCGUAUUGACAAGACAAUAUUACUGAUGUUUUAAUGAUUUCCAAUGAAAAAGAUAUGUCCUAAAGAAGAACACAUUUAAAGACUCACUAUAAAACUGGAACAUUGUUGUAAUUUUUGAAGUAAUUAUUUACACAUGGAAUGAAUGGUUAGCUCCUGUAUUCAUUUUAUCAUUCAUAGAGCAUAAUAGUUAUGAGGUCACUCAGGUAUUAAAUAGAACAUAUAUAUGCAUCUGAGUAGAAACUUCAGUAAUGGUCUGCUGGAUUAUUUACACCAACAAUCAAAUAACUGAUUUAAAAAUUAUUCAUACA